GCCGAUCUGCGCGGCUGGCUCGAGGCAGCCAUCAUCGAUUCUGAUGCUGGUCUUCUCCCCGCUCCCUCUGGCUCUCCCGGCUGCUCUGGCGCUGAAAUAGCGUCAGAGCGCCCUGAAGCAGCCUCAGAGUCUGCCACCCUCGUGGGCGCCGAAAUCCCCGAGUAUGACCGCAAGUUGGCCACGGUCCGCCGCAUUGCAGCCGUGACCACGAUGGAUGAGAACUACGAUAUCAUCGCCAUUGACGGCUGGAGGGUGGUGGCCAACAAAAAGGACAGAUUUUCCCAAGGAGAAUAUGUUUUGUUUCUGGAAGUCGACGCUUUUCUUCCGCAGGUAUCUAAAGACAACCAUCUCUUCGCACAGAUCGGUCCUACUAUCGAGUUUGAUGGUAAAGUUGGCUAUAGAGUCGGUACCUCGGUGUGGACGGACUCGAACGGAAAUAAGGUCAUCUCACAGGGCCACAUCUUCCACCUCUCCGACUUCCCUAACAUCGAUAAGAAGACCUGCGGCUGGCAUUUCGCGUACAUCGAGGAGACCAAAGAAUACUUUGCCGAGCACCUCCGCGGCUUCGACUUUUCGGGCCAGUUAGGAAUCAAAAAGUGGGAGAGCUUCCCAGAGGAGAUAGCAGAGGACUUAAUGGACGCUCCAGCCUCGGGCCCUGAGGUCGACAACUAUACCCCCUUCGCCACAUCAAACCCCAAGCCCCCCUCCUUCAUCAUCAAAACCGACACCAAGCGCGUACAAGACUGCCCCAACCUGUUCAUCAGCCCUAAAUACCAGCAGUUCGUCUUCCAAGAAACCCUCAAAAUGGACGGCGCCACCACCGCCAUCUACUUCAUCAACAACAACGCCAUAGGCAGCGGCAGCAUCGACCUACCCACCCUCCCCCCGCUCAACCACAACAACCACAACAACAACAAUAACAACAACAACAACAAUAACAACAAUAACAACUACCUCCCCUACGCAAUCCACCCCAACGGCCGCCUAGGCGUGUGCACGCGCAAGCAGGACCUGCUCCCGCACCUGACGCCCUCGGCCGGCGCCGGCGCGCCGCAGCACCAGCUCGCCCACUUCUGGGCCGCGGCCGUCGCCGCCGGCCUGCACGCGACCCUCCCGCGCCUCGGCCGCAACCUGGUCGUGCAGGCCGAGCUGGUCGGCGCCUCCGUCCAGGGCAACCCCUACCGCUACCCAGACCCAGACCCAGACCCGGCGGUGGCGGCUGGUCGUGAGGGUGGCGGUGGUGGUGGGGGCGGGGGACCGACGCAUGAGUUGUUCGUGUUCUCCGUGAGCGACGUGGUGGUGGAGCCGACCAACACCAACAAGAAGAGCAAGGGCGGGGCGGUGUCGGUGUCGGCGCGGCGGUGGCACCCGCGGCGGGUCGAGGCGUUCGCGGCGGAGCACGGCCUGCGGCACGUGCCGGUGCUGGGGUAUGCGACGUUGCCGGCGAUAGCGCGGGAUCAUGAGGACUUGGUGGUGCGGGCGGAGCUGAAGAAGGGGGAGGGGUUGGUGUUUAAGAAUGUCGUGGAUGGGCGCUGGUUUAAGGUGCUUUCGAGCCGGUGGCUGUUGGAGAAGGGGGAUGAGAUGCAGGCGCGGAAGCAGAUGGGGAAGAAGGGGAAGGGUGGGGGUAAGGGGGCAUUGGAGGAGAAGACUAUGCGAAUUGGGGGUUGGCAGCUUAGUAGCGAGGACGCGGCCAUCAUUGUCAAGGCUUUUCAGGACGUGGAGAAGUGGAUCGAGAGGGAUGAUGGGCUGAGGCAGUGGUUGGAGGACUGGGAGAGGGAGUUUCAUGGCGAGGCUGCCGGUGCUGCCGAUGGUGUGGUGGCCAAUGGUGAGGUGGUCAAUGGUACGAAGGUGGCUAGGAUCCCCGAGGUGAAGCCUAGUGAUGGCGUGAUGGACUGGCUCGGAGCCAAAGGGUUUGGUCUCUAAGGUAGGCUCGCGUUGGGGCACUAGGCGUACCGACGAUGGAGGUCGGGUGGCAGGCGGUGAAUUUUCAGUUUCCUUAGUUAUCGGAUAUAUGGGACGGUGUAGGUAGCGAUUUCUGGAGGCUUCUAGAUAUCUCGAGCAAGUGGUUCGUACGUUGGGCGGAAAAUAC